AAAGAGAGUCAGUCAGGACACCAGAAAAACGGCACGGCACAGAUCACAAGUCGUAUAUACAACUCAUCCUUCCUAGCUAGAUGUCACAUACAUGCAUCAUAGUGCCCGAAAACACACCAACCACUGUCUGUCUUUCUGUCUUUCUGUCUGCACAUUCAUUUAUCUAUCUUUCUGGCGGAUCAGGUCAGGUCAGGUUGCGGCGGCCAGGUCGUCGCGACGGUUGCGAGGAGGGUCACGAAUGCACCUGCGUCCACACGGGCGCCUUAGUGCAUUGCAUGACUCUGUGUGUGUCCAUGUCUGUCAGCUUACAGUUGGAUGUGUCGCUGGAGGCCGUCGGCCGGCACAUGCGCACCGCAGACGGGGCAGCACGGCUGACGCCUCGCACGCUUGCGAGCCGGCUGACCGUCGUCCUGACCACGAGACCCUGCCGCGCUGCUGAUCUCAGACACACCAAAGCCUGACCAGAGCGGGAUCACACAGACAGGUACGUUUGUGUGAAUCUUACGGGUACGUCUGCGCUGUUAUGUUGCGUACCCGUCACCUCAACGAUGUCAUCCGAACCGUCGCGGGCCGCCCUGGCUGCCGCUGCACGAAACGGCAGACAGGCCAGGGAUUGAUGCAGCCGAUGCUCAUGCUUGUGUAUGUGUGUCUGUGGUAGCCACCCACCAGCGAUGAGUGUGUCAGCAGCCGUACUGGAGGUCGCCCCCUGCAUCGCCAUCAGGUCUCGGCCAAGGUGUCUGCUGGUGUGGCGGCCGCUCGUGCGAGUGAUGUCAGCCCCUCUAGCGAAGUGCGCUCUCCGAUAAUAAUCUGAUAGGAUGGAUGAGUGGACGCACAGCAGAGAAGACUGACAGCUGGCAUUGGGGUGUCGACUGGCUGCUACCCCGAUCGGUGAUGGUGAAAACAAUGCCCCUUUUGUGGUGGCCGUUGAGCGGCGCUCUGGCGCCGUGUAUCACAGCCACAUCUGCAGCACACACCAACCGAGCCACCAGACGAACAGUCCACUUCUCUAUCUCCAACGCUUCCCUUCUGUGUGUCGCCUGGCCAGCCCACACACCCACCAGGCGUGCUGCCGUCAGGGAGGAAGUUGGCCCAUAUCACGGCCCUCCCGCGGACGGGCCGGAACCCCUUGUCAAUAACCGGGAAGUAGGUCUCGCCACCGCACCCCUCGGGCAGCGUCGUCAGGUACUGAACGAACGAGUGACAUGCAGCCAAGCAGAUAGACGACCGCACCCACACCUACCACGAGCACUGUGACGAGACUCUUGGUUCCCGGGCCCUGCUGCGCCGUCACAGAAAUGCCCGCUAGAUCAGCGGCAAGGCGUGGCGGGAACUGGGCCAGAUUGCUGUUGCUGAGGCUAGAUACGUCGCCGGUGAGGGACCCAGAGUCAUGAUGGGUGGGUUACGACUGACCACAGAGACCACCAAAACACAGUGCAGCAGGGUGAGUGAGUGGCCAUCCAUCCAUCCAUCCUGUCUGUCUGUCUGUUUGUCUGUCUGCGCACUUGUCCCGGCACGUAGGCGACUCGUGCAGGUCCCGUGACCUACACGUAGACCAGAGGAGGGAGAGCUCACGUAGGCAGGUGAGCCACUCCUCAUGUGCUCACGCUGUUGCGCGAUAGGCCGAUGCACCCUGCCGCCCUCCUGAUAGACCGAACAAGUCAACUGACUGUACUCGUCAGUCUGUGGAAAUCAGCUGGCUGACCUUGCGAGCAUGUGCCCGCCAUGCAUGGCCCCUGUCGGAUGUGCGUCCAUAAUGGCCAGCUCACUCGGCGAGAGGAAGCCAUCGAUGGUGUAGAUGUUGGGCUGCGUGUGAGCCAGCUUGAGGGUCUUGCCGCCUGCAUCAACAGAUGGCGAUCCAGCUGUGCAGCCGGUGCAUCCAUCAAUCCUUGUGUGUGCAAUGUGAAGCCGUCUUACUGAUGGUGAUAGAGGUCUGCGGGUCAGGCGUGUGGAACAGCCGUUCGAACAAAGGCAGCGCCGUAUUGUCCUCCUGCUGCUGCAGGUCCAUCGCCAUCUUGUGGUCUGCAUUUUGCUGCUGCAGCUGCCGCGCCUUCUCGUUCUCCUCUUGCUGAAUCGCUAGGGCCAUCAGGUAGUCUGCAUCUUGCGCAGCAUAGGGGUCGGUGAGCGCCUCCUCGUCGGGCUCAGAGUCGCCCGUGAGAUCGAUCGUGUCGGCCUUGGCGGCGGCACGCUCACUCAUCGUCAAGGGGUGCCCACGCGGAUUUCAGCCAAAAUUCGAACAGGCGAACGGCAGGACG